AUGUUCCAGGUGACUUUCAGGGGACUGUACCAGCUGGCGCUGCUCUUGAGGAGCUGUUCUGCGGUGGAUGCAGUCCUUGCGACGCUGAAGUCUGGGCACGCAGCGCUUUGUGCCUUCCUUUCGGACUUACUGCGUGCGGCCUUGUGCAGCGAGCAUACUCCUCCCAGGACGAAGGGCCUCUUCUUGGAAGCCAUUCCGCCACUGAUCCUCAGGGCGGAGGUACAGUCCUCCCCGACUGGCUCCAGCGGAGCCAGUCCAGGGCCACUUCUGGGUGCAGCCUCCGCGGCAGAGGCCACCGUGCGGGACCUGGUGACUUCUUACUUUCCACUGAACUCGCGUGAGUAUCAGAGGAACACGGAUGAGUAUUCCACCUAUCUUCUCCUUCUGGAAGGCCUUUUCCGCGCCCUGGAGAGGAGCUCGCCCUCGAUUCGUCUGCUUCCUGCUCUGUACAGCACUCUGCGGGUAUCCGACCAUCGAGAGGCAAUGCGCUUGCGGGAGUUCGUCCGACGAUUCGUACGCCACGUGUUGCAGUCCGGUGCGGAGAGCCCUUCAGCGACGUCCAAAAGUACAGCACUGGAGAUGUUCAAUGCGCUGUUUCAGCUGUUCCUGGACGAGUCUCUGGAUGACAGGUUGACAGAUAACACGCGCUUUGCCAUUAUAGAGAAGUUGGCCCUGCCGCUGCUGUGGGAGUACGCGGCAUCGCCGUCGAACUGCAAGGAGUGCUGGAUCUCACACUGGCACAAGCUGCUUCAAUAUGCGGACCCGGAUAUCAGCUUCGCCAACCUCCGCAUGAAGGAUGUGCAUGCGCUGAACUUGAAGAUCCAGGAAAUGGCGUGCAUCUAUGGCGUUAUCGAGAUUCUCUUCGUGCGCACUCCGCCGGACGUGCUGAAAGAACAGAUCGUCCCUGCACUGGGCGGCGCCAGUCCGUCCAGGGACAUCAUCUUGAUCGCCAAGCGAGCGCUGAAGAAGCCCACCGGAUGGGAACGAGUGGAGAUGAUGUUCUUGCGCCGCUGCCAACUGCGAAUCUAUGCAGCGCUCUCUGCGGCCGUUUGUGCAACACAGACCAAGCAGGAGAUGUAUUCCGGAUGGCUCUUCGAGAAAGUGACCUGGGACGACGCCAUGGUGGAGCCUUGGGACCUCCGCAAACCGGACCUGUCGUCCUUGACGCCGGACACGAGCUACCACUCAUUCCCCCGACCUGGCUACUCCUUCGCUUACCUCUCGGCGGCACUUCCGGGACGCCGGGGCCUCGCGGCGCGCCGGGCGGCACUGUCGGGCAGCCAGGAAGCUACGUUGCUGGGAGCCGGCCUCUGGGCCGCCACCCCGGCGCUGACGCAGGCGGCCACACUGGCUCCCGAGGCCUCUCUGCGUGGCCCUGGGGGCUUUGGUGGCGGCGUGGGUGCCUUGGGCCGGGCCGCAGCAAGCAAAGCCAGCCAGGAGCUGACAACGCUGCUGCCGGAAAGGCAGCGCCGGAAGCUCGCUGCAGCCACGGCAAGCCGGGCCCGAGGCACUGCCGCUUCCACGUCGCAGGUCAUGAGCAUCGCUAUCACCGGGUCCUCCGACGGAUUGACUCUUGGAGAAGGUGUUCCGCUACCUCCUGGAGAGGAGGGCGAGGCUUUGCGGUUGCAGGCCGUUCUGGCCGGGCGUCGACUGCAAAGCGAGCAUCCGGAUGGCCAAGGGGGUACCUGGCAAACGGAGUGGAUGGAGCAUGACGAUAAGCUCUUCUUGGAGGGGCCUUCCGAAAGCACAUCUCUGACGCUCUUCCUCAUCUUGCUUCGCACCGUGGAUGUCCUCAGCGAGCGUUUCAGCCAGAGAGGGAUGAGCUGGCUUUAUCCUUUGCUGAGCAUCGUCGACCGCGCAUCCGCUGACUUCCGACUGCGGCUGCUGGUGCUCAGAGUACUGGUUCACAGGGCAGAGCUGCUACAGCCGGUGCUCAUGGGAAAAAACGUGGAGGUCUUCCGCUUCGUUGUCUCCAUGCUCCUCGAUCCACGGUUCUGCGCCGAGAAGCGCUUUCACUACCUGGCCCGCGAUGCUGUGUCGACACUUCUGGUGCCCAAGCUCGGCCAGGAGGAGACAGAGGGGCCCCAGCUACCACGGGACUGCGUGGUGGACGCAGAGCGCUUGCUUCAUCAGCUUCAGGUCACAUGUCCGCACAAGAUGACCUACUGGCAGCGCGCGCACCUCGCCAUCCUUCGCCUUUUUGCGUCCCACUACCUCAGGCCGGGCGUGUCCAUCCGGCCGGAUGCCCGAGUGUUGCUGCGGCAGCUCACAGCCAAGAACAAGGAGAUUGCGAUCGUGUUGCAGCAGAGCGGACUGCGGCAGCUGGUGAUCUUCCUGGAGUACGCUGCCUUCGACCCAAUCGCAUCUGGAGGAUUGGAAGGUGCAACGCCGGCGCACAUGCAGUGGAAGGAAGCGCUGCUUAAUUGCAUCUCUGCGAAAGAUGCGCAGCUGGCGGCCUAUGCAUGCGGUGCUGUGGCUCUGCUGGCGAAGUGGCAUCCGUCGACAGGCCGUGCCAUUUUGGACGAGUGCUGCGGGAUGGUCGAGUCUCCGGCCAUCCAGGCUCGGCUCCUUGACAAGAACGAUGGCCUGCGCCUGGCACAGUGCGCUGAACAGCUGCUUGUGAUGUGCCCCUGGGCCCUGUCGGACGUCCCAGACGACAUUGACGGAGGCGAGCAAGGAACUCCCAGGAGAAAGCUUUUUACCCGCAUCCUCCAGCGCCUCCCAAGCUCGAAUCUCAAGGCCCUGCGGGCUCUGCUUUCUGGACUGUUGGAACUUUGCCGUGACUGCGUUCAACUCGAUGAACCUGCGACAGCAGCCGGCGUAUUGGACGCACAAGGGAGGCGUCAGCCGAUCCGCCCCACUGGGGAUGAGCUGCGUAAGACGCGCCGCGCCCGCCUCGAGGAAGUCCUCCUCGCCCUUCGCGCCGGGGACAUCUGGCGCCGAGGGCUCCAGUGCCGCCACGAUGCGGCAACGCAGCUCUCUGCUGCACGCCUUUGUGUGGCCGUGGCCGUACGACUUGAUGAUGAAUCACUGCUGGCCUGUACUGGGCUGAUGCUUGAGGCCGAAGCAUCACUGCGCGACAACUCCUCGGGUGAUGUGGUGGAGCAUCGCAUUGCCUUUGAAAAGGAGCUGCUGGACUUGUGCAUCGCCGUCUGCGAUCGGCGGCCGGACGUCGCGCGCGGAGAGGUCGCCGAAGGCGUCCUGUCUUUUCUGGUGCGCUUGGCCGUGUCCGAGGAAUGGCGUGGAGUGAAGGAGGUGCUACUUCUCAAGCUGGGUGAAGCCAGAGCUCAGGAGCUCCAGGCAACUGCUGAUACCACGAAGUCUUCAGCUCGGAGCUUCUUCGAGACUCAACUCAGCCCGGAGGCCGCCGGCCGGGUCGCUGACAUUUGCGCUCGUCUCGGGGGCAAGGCGGAGCACGAGCGGAACUUUCUCCCUGCCAUGCUGCAGCUUCUCAUGGCGCUGGCACGGAAAUCUGCGAACUACCGGCAGAUCAAAAACAAGCCGCUUUCUGACAUCGAGUUCCGGCCGAUGCAGAUUGCCGCCACAACGUCUUGGGCGACGACCACGGUUCUGCCGUCGACUUUUCAGCUGGGAGCCUCUUGGGCUUCUGCCUUGCGGAGUACGCUUCAAAGCCAGACCAUGAUCUUGCCGGGGCGCCCUCUAGGUGCUGCAGGAGGACGCGGCCAGGACCCCGCCGGAUCCGUUCCUGCGUCGCUGUCUGCCGAGGCCCUGCCGCACCAACUUCGGGCGCCCCGGCGCAAGGAGCGUCCGCCAGUUCCGGCCUUCGGAGCUAAGGCAGACUCCGGCACUCCCAGCAAAGAGAUUCCUGUCACCGGAACCGGCACAGGUCUUCUCCGGCACUCGGAAGCAGAUGGGAGAAGGGCGGCGAUUGCCUACAAAGAGAGGGAGACCAAGGCAGCUCUCGAAUCCUUGGAGCGCCGAGAUAGACAGGGUGGCGAGGACGAUCGAGUCGAUUUGGUCAGUGGCUACCGUGAAGGAAACUACCCAGAUGUGGAAGUCUCACUAGCAGACAUUCUGGAACCAUUGGCCAGAGCCUCCUCAGAGGAUCUCGGUCUCGCCGAGGAGAUGUUGCUCGCCUUUUGGUCGGGUUUCGGCGCUGGCGGUGUGGAGGUGCUCUCCACAGCCUUCAACACACUUCUUUCGGGCUGCCUGGGCGACGUGCCACUCGUCCAUUUCCUGCACAGCCUAAUCAUCCGUUGCAGUCAUGACUAUGGCCGCGCCGUUUCUUUACCGGCGCUGCAGCGCACCAUGGACUCGUCGCAGCUGAGUGGAUUGCAGGCCUUGGAAGAGUUAUUGCCGAAGGGCCUUGGCGCAGCCUUUAAGCCCGAGAAGGCAGAGCCGAUAGAAGAUGCAGGCCACUCAAGAGCUGUGCUCAGCGUGCUCUACGGUGCGAGUACCGCCCUUGGGGAAACGCCGUCAAUGGCUGCAGCCGUGUCGCAGCUGAAAGCCAUCAAAGCCUUCAACUCACCACUGAGUUCUACGGCGUUGACGGCCCUCCGCUCUGGCCAGGCCCAGCAGGCUGAGGAGUGCCUCGCGAAGGUGUUGAAGCAGGAGGACAUGGCACUGCCAGCUUGGGAGUUGAACAUGGCCAGUGCGGCCCGCGUGAGUGCCCUCGAGGAGCUUAUGUCCUGGAAUCAGCUGCGUGGCGUUCUUCACAGCUCGGAUGCAGCCACCGGUGAGAAGGCCCUGCGAGCGGAUCUCGGCCUUUGCCUCUUGGAGUCAGACAAAGCCGCCUUCGCUUCACUCGACACCCGCCUUCGCGAAGCGGCGGGAGCUGCGGCCGACAACACGCCCCAGGUUGCGUCCACGCAGAGUUCUGCGCUCUUGGCGAUCCAUGCUGUGGCUUCGAAGAAGUGGGACGAUGCCCGGCGUCUAGUGUACCAAGCUUACGACUCCUUCCACACCACUUGGAACAGGCUACCAUUGCUCGCAGCACGCGCCCGGCAUGAGACCGUAUCUGCGCUGCCCCUGCUUCACAGCCUCGAGAGCUUCCUGGACGCUCCUGAGGAGCUCCCGAAGGCUAGCCGCCCAUUGAGCAUCCUCAACGACCGCUUCGUCGCCUGGGUGGACAGUGCUUUCGGAAAGGUGGCAGUGUCCCGGCUGUGCAAUGACAGCCAGGCCGAGGCGACUGCCUACGCGGAUCUCGGGCAUCGAUGUCGCGAGAAGGGGAAUCUCGUGGCCGCGCAAGACCUCAUGCGGAGGUGCCUAAAGAAGAGGCAAUUCCAGGACUUCCGCUUCUUCGACAAUGUGUUAGAGCUGAAGCUCUGCCAGAGGGAGAAGCGCUGUGCAGAGCUCUGUGAGAUUGCGCAGCGGGAGAUCGUCAAGCACAAGGAUCCUGAAAACUCGUUGCGGUACACGCUGAUCCUGGCGAAGAUCGCCAAGGCUGGAUGGGAGCGGCGGGAGAUGGGCCACGAGGAUGCCUGGAGAGCGCUCACAUCCGCAAAAGGUUUCUCUGAGAAGUGCGCUGUUGGUGAGCAGAGCCGGACGCACGCGAAGCUUGCGGAGUUCGCGGAUGCGGUGCUCAGGAGAGAGGAGGAGGCUUCGGGCCUCUCGCCGGCCGGACCACAGGCUGAGCUGGUUGACUCUCUGGUUGGCAGCGUCCUCGCUGCAAUGCGGCUGGGCGAGGAUCCAAGCGAAGAGGCCUUUCGACAAGCGCACGAGCGGCUUCCGCGCAUUUUCGAGCUCUUGGCAACCUUUCGAGGAUGCAGCGCCCGCUUCGAGGAGGGCGUGGCGUCUGUGCCAGCCUGGGUAUUUCUGCGAUGGCUUCCUCAGGCAUUGGCACACCUGCCCAAUGUGCCAGCUCUACAGGGACCUCUCCAGGCCUUGGCCAAGGCUUACCCCCAGGCACUUUUCUGGCCGCUUCAACUGUCUUCACACCAGGACAUCAUCGGGCAGCGCCAGGCGGUAUUCAAACCUCUCUGGGCAGCCUUGGAGAAGACGAAGGCACCCACUAAGACGGCCAUCACCUUCACACAGGCACUCGAACGCCUGACGCAUCCGGAGAAAAGCUUCCCACCGGAGUUGAAAAGCUUCCAGGAAGCUUGGAAGGCCAACAACGUUCCCAUGGCGAAGGCGCGGUGGAAGAAGCUAUGGCAGAAGCACGUGGAGGUCGAGGCCAGGGAGGCGGCUGGUCAGGUCCACGUCGAGUUCGCCCAGAAUGUCAGGAAGAAGAUUCAGGAAGUCAGCAAGAAGCUGGGUCUGCCGAUUGCGUCCAAAGAGCUUCCCGACGCGGCCUUCGGCCCUGAGAAGCGAGAGGUGUGGGUGAAGGCCUUUCAAGAGCUCUUCAACAGUGUCCCUGUGUCACGGACCUGGCCGAAUCGAAAGGCUCCGAUUGAGGCCUUCUCCCCAUGGCUGGCCAAGUUUGAUGCGCGGAGAAGCUGGCUCAGCUCCUCAGAGGAGCAGCUGGAGGUGCUUGGGCAGUACAGGGGCCUGGAGCGACCCAUGCCUCACGGCCACGCCACGAUCACGCGCUUCGGGCCGCAGCUUCUCAUCAUGGCUUCCAAGCAGAUGCCGAAACGCCUGGUGGUCCUCGGAAGCGACGAGUAUGAGCACUGGUUCCUCGUGAAGGGCGGCGAGGAUGUCCGCUUGGACGAGCGCGUGGAGCAGCUCUUCGGCAUCGUGAACGGCUUGGCAUCGAAUGGCACAGCCUCGGGGCUAAGGGUUCGGACCUACUCCGUCGUUCCUUUGCUGCCCGACCUUGGCGUCUUGGAGUGGGUGCGCGACACGAAGCCGCUGAAAGCCAUCGUCACCGAGACUGCGAAGGCUAAAGACUUCAACGAAGUGGAGUCGCACAAGCUGCGGACCGAGUGGACGAAGCGCUUCGGGCAAAAUCCGCUCCACCGGUACCCGAAGAUCUUUGAGGUACCGAGGGCCGACAUCUUGGUAGCGUUCGGUCGCUGUGUGGCGGCGAUGCCCACCCCCGCCUCUCUCAAGGCUUAUUUUUGGAGCAGCGCGAUUGGAGCGGAGGCCUUCUGGCAUCUCCGACAGCGCUUCGCGGCCUCUUUGGCGGCUGCCAGCGCGGCUUGCUACCUCCUGGGGAUCGGUGAUAGGCAUUUGGACAACUACUUGCUGUGCCAGCGCACUGGAGAGGCCGCCCAGGGAAACCCCGGUCAAACUUUCGAGUUGCAGGACGGUCCGGGAGCGAUCCCGCACUUCUUCCUGGAGGAGUCAGAUGCCGUGAAGAGGAGGAGGGAAGCGAUGGAAGAGAUUCUCGAUGCUUCAGAUCCCUUCACCCUACUCGGAGGUUCAUGGUACCACGAGCAGGACGUGAACUUGGAUCAGAAUGAACACAACUGUUCUGUGAGGGAACCGCCCUAUGAAGGAAUGCGGGCACUUAAGCCAGAAGUUCCCGCGCGCUCGAACGUCGGCGAGUGGUUGGACCAGUACAAGUUUGAUCCAGAGGUCGUUGCAACCAUGGUGGAUCAGGGCAGUGGCCUCGAAGACCUCUCAGAGCAUCUUUGCGAGGUCAUGGCCAAUGGCCUGGAAGAGCAUGCCGAGGACAAAGUCUCGGCCAAUGGCAGCGAAAUGGCCUCAAGCGAGGUCACUCCGACUCGGCGUCGUCUUUGGCGUCCAGAAACCACCUGGCUGAGGGCAGCCGAGCGGCCGAAGAACAGGGCGCCGACUGAGGCGGCAUCCCAAGGAAAUCGGAGAGGACUGCUUGCCCGACUCCUGGGAGCCAGGCCCCCCAGCCACCAAGCGAUGCUUCGGGCCACGCGACAAAGCCUCCUGGCUCGACGAGGGACGGCCGAGGACGAGGAGCAGCAGGAGCAGCAGGAGGAGCACCCCGAGGUCGGUGAGAAGCUGAAGUUGGUCGAGGAUGCCCUGGAUGAUGCCCAUUGGCGACAUCAACGAAGUGUGCUGCAGGCUGUGAAGGCGACGAGAGAUGGCGAGGCGACACGGCCAACGACUCCGGCACAGAGCGUGCGAGAGGGAAGGAUUGAGGAAGCUGUGUCUGCGGCCUGUAUGACCUCACAAGUUACCGAGCGCUUUGUAUCGGCGAAGUCGCGGAAAGACACCCGCCAGGUCAACCGUGCCAUUCGCCACUCGCAGGAGGUGAAGCCUUUGAACAUUGACUACCCAGCAGGCGACGGCAAGAAAUGGAUCGUUGUCGGUGGCAAGGGCACGGGCGGCCUGGUGGUGAGAACGGGACAAAGCCUCAAGUCCAAGGCGCUUGGGGUGCGGCUGGAGUUCGGCGCUUGGUUGGAGGAGCUGGUCCUGAAGGGCAACCGUCUCCACUUUCGGCGUCUUCGGGGCGAUGGGCCGGACUUCGGCUGGGUCAGUAUUGGGCUGGCGGGAGAGCGCGCCUUGGUGUCGCCACUUGAUGCGAAGGGCGCAGCCUCGCUACCAGCGGUCCGACAUCCGUGCUUGCAGGACAACAUGGCCGAGUUGAUGAUGCCCCCGAAAGCACGGGCCGCCCUAACACAGGGCUCCUGA